AUCAUCGGAUGUGAAUAAUACCAACAGUGAACAACACACUGAAACUACCUCACUCUUACAUCAUUACUAUUAUUAUUAUUAUUAAUGGGCAAAACAAUAACAGAAGAGCCUUUAUUCCAGAAAAAACGAAAAUUCAAAUUCCCUGACGGAUUUAAUUUAAACAAACAAUUUUCAAAUCCAAAAGAAGACGAUUACUUUGUAAUCGGUCCAUCUGAUGGGAAAUUCACACAUCCUAUCGCUUAUAGAAACAGCCAGAAACGUAAUGCCCGUAGUGUUUCACCCAAGCGAAAAGAGAACUCUGAUAAAAUGUUGAAAAAGUCAACACAGACAACAGCGAACCAACACGAUUGUAGGCAAAUACAACAAAGGCCACAAACUGUUCAUAGAACUCGAAUAGACGAAGCUAUCCAGACAGAUGGAACACAUAAAGCUUUAGAAGCAGAAAUACGACGUAUACGAAAUGAGAUUGACAAUAGAAAAAGACUAUUACGUGAAAAAGAGGAAAUAAAACAGAAUAGAAAGCAAGUGAAAACUGAUACGAACUGCUCUAAACCAGUAGGCGUUAACCAGCAUUCAGUUAAUAUUUGCGUUCCAGAUGCUCCACGUCAAGACAGGAGUAUUAAAACUCCACUUCAAGAGUAUGGACAAGAAAAAAAUCAAAAGUACGCGAUUCCUAAAGUUACAAAAUACGCCACUGAAAACGCUCGUAUCUCUGAGUAUCAGAGUGCAUUUAAAGCACCACAAAUGAAUUACCGGCUAGAUUCAACACAAUUUAUUCGACCAUCAACAUCAGCAUCAUGUAAACUGGAUAAAUUUCAAGGUCGUACAAUUCCUUACGAUACAGAAUACAGACAUGAGUACAAGCCCUUUAAAUAUGUUCCAAUAGACCAAUUAAAAUCAACUGAAAUAAUAAGAGAUGAGAAAAAUGUGAAUAUUAUUCCAUUAAGACGUCCAGUAUCAGCCUAUGGAUUUAGAGAGAUAAAAGACACUGAUGGCGAUGCAAAUAAGCGGAGAAUUCGAGCACUGACUCCACCUUCAAAAAUACCAAAAAAGAUUAGCCAUAAUAUCAGUGAAUAUAAUGCAAAAUAUCUUAAUUAUGCAGAUUUAUUAAGUAGUACUCAGCCUAAUCGACCAGCAUCAACAACAGAGAACAACAGCAACUUACCGUACAACUGGUAUCAAGAGCUAGUAGUGUUACGCGAAAAAGCUGAUCAAUAUCGAAAACGUGACAGGGAAUCCCACUUUUCACGUGAACACUUGGCCCAACUAGAAUCUGAUUCAGUUGGUUACUGGGAUCCACCAAGCGAAGAAAGUUAUAUGCAAAAUAUUGAAAAAUACAAAGAAAGUCUACAAAUGCCAAGAGCUGGAAAACCAUCUACAGACUUGGUUUCUGAUCCGUACAACGAACCAUUAGCUAGUCAGCGGAGAAGAGCAAUGCUAGACAGUUAUAAUGUUGCACAGAUAAUGGAUCAAGAGGAUUGUUCUGAUACAGAAGACGAACAAAAUCCACAGUAUCACCAUCAUUGCCAACCGGUGUACACACAUCCAUGCUCAGAAUAUAGACAUUAUGAUGUUAAUUGUCCACGAGACAACAACUAUGUAGGCAUGUUACCAGGUAAUACGAAAUAUACUCCAGAAAAUGAAUUACAACACUACAACUCAGAUUGUAGCUUAAAGUCUGAAAAUGAUCCACCUCGAACAAGUUUCGAAGGCGAUUGUCGAGCAUGUGAUCCAUGCACUAACAAUAAAUGGGCAGACUAUCAAGAUUAUCAUCAUCAUCACCAUCAGGUGGGAGAGAAAACUCGAAAUUCAUGCCCAAGAAAGCAAAGAUCAUUAGAUGAAACAGAAUCGUUGACUAGUUGUAGUUCACUUUCAGAAAAAUCUAUGGAAUUAAGUUCACGCUUAGCUUGUGAAACUCUUGAACGAGCUCAAAGACAACACGAACGUGUCCUGCGUGAACAAAAAUUAUACAAUGAAAAUGUAUACUCUCCAAAUGCCUAUUCUAACUGCAAAUCUGUACAAUAA